UUCACGGUAGAAGCAGAUGUUUCGGUCCACGAGCGUGAUUUAGCGGUCCAAAUUAUUAUUAAUUUUUCUUAAUUAGAUUAUUAUUAUUCAUCUACAUGCCAUCAAAUUUUCCACGAAACUGCUCAAUUUCAUGUGAAUUGUCCACUUCAUAAUCUCAGUUUUAAGGAAAAUUUUGUUAAAUUAAAUGAUCAUGAUGGAGGAGGGAUCAGAGAGGACAUUGAUGAGGAGCUUGCAGAAGGAGCAAGAAAGAGAACGGCGUCGUAUUAGGGAUAGGCAGAGAAGACAAUCCAUGACUAUUGAAGAGAGGGAGAAACAUCUUGCUAGACGCCGAAGAAACUAUCAACUCCGCCGUCAGAGAGCAGAAACUGCCCGCUUGGACCUUCGAGUUAAUCAAAAUAUCACUACCUCCUCCUUCUCCACCAUGCUCGCAACCAAAAGUAACGAUUACUCACCAAUGACUUCUGUCUCCAUUUUUAAUGCACAAUGCAAUGUUGGUCUCAACUCAGGGCACAAAAAUUCUGUGGGUUUGGAUAUUCCAUCUCAUAAAUUAGCUAAAUUACCAAGAAGAUUGCGCCUAAACCAUUUGAAACAUUUGGCGAGAUCACUGGAUGAUCCUGUAGAUAUUCCUAAUAAUCACGUAAUUGUUGCAGAUUUGAUCAUUAAGGGAAAUGCAAAUGCAAAUUCCAGUUGUGUUCCUUCUAAAGGAUUGCGAUUAAAUUGUGUUAAACGACUUGCCCGGUCAUUAAAAUCCGAUCUUGAAAAGGCUACUAGUGAAAAUCAUCAAAACAAAAUGGAAGUGGAGCAAAAUUUGUUAAACGGGGAACUCCAGCUUCAGAUGCUCAGUAUGAGCAAUGAUGGGUCCAAACUGGUUCAAACUUCCAGUGUGCGAUGUGGAAAUGAAUGGCUUUUGCCUCUCUGAUGGAUGCACUUCUCUCCUAAGCUAUUGAAGAAAUAUGAGGGAUGAAACUAACAAUGCUUCUCUACACAGUCUCUCAUUUAUUUAUGGUUUUAAAGCCACUUUACGAGGAGGAAAAUUGCGGAGAGAAAAAGAGAGAGAGUUGGGGCAGAGGGAUCUUCAAUCACACGGAAAGCACAUUUCUAGUAACCAUUUUACAUAAGAAUGUACAUAACUGCAUAUGCUAUUCCUUUUUCCUUUUGUUGUAGAUUACAUGUCAAUUCUGAGGUUUGCUUAUAGUUGCAUGUCACAACAAGAUUUUACUAACAAUUCUCACUAAUCUAUCUUUUUAUUCAUAACUAAGUUCAAAGGCAUGUCUAGUAGACUAAUUUUGAUAAAAUGGCUAAAAUGCCUUUAAAACCUUUUGGAGAUGUAUUAUUUAUUUUUUUCUUUAAAAAUAAAACUAUAGUGAACUUUAAUAAAUUAAUUUUAAUUGUCACACCUAUCGUUUCUCAUUUAAUUUCAUAUUUUUUAUUUGAUUUUGCAUUUUUAUUUUAUGUAAUGUGACAAUUCCAAGCAUUACUUUGUUACUGAUUUUAUUGUACUGGAUAUAGAUUUUAUAUUCUAAAAAUAUGAGUUUCUCCUUAGUGUCCCCACU